UUCUCUGGUGAAAAUCGUUUGAAAAAAAACAUCUCGAAAUGGUGGUCAUAAAUAAUAAGCAAAAGAUUUCGGUGCCCGAGUACCUCAACGAGCAGUUCUUUACGGAAACUCUGGAAGAGGGUCUGCGGGAGACUAAGGUUACCCUCAAGGAAAUCAAUUUUGAGUGGGGCAGCAAUCCGGGUGAUAACUACUGCUCGGCCAUCUAUCGCGUUCUGGUGACAUUCGCCAAGUGGUCGGAUAACAAGGAGUCCGAGAAGAAGGAGCAGCUUUCCCUGAUUGUCAAGACCAUUCCGAUCACAGAGGCCACACAGUUCCUCGAGGAUGUCAGUGUUUUCAUCAAGGAGAAGCAGACCUACACUGACAUUCUGCCACGAUUGGAUAUUCUCAGUCGCGGCGACAAGUUUGGUGCCAAAUACUACCAUUCUGUAAAGGGUCCCGUGCAGACGAUUGUCUUUAGCGACCUGAAGGUGGAGGGCUUCAAGGUGGCUUCACGCGAGUCAGGACUCGACUUUAACCAUGCCUCGCUCAUUCUGCAGCAACUGGGGAAAUUCCAUGCCACUUCCAUGGUGCUGGCCAAUAAGGAUCCAGAGAUUGUGAAGCAGUACACGCGCGGCAUGCUCAGCGAGGAUAUCCUCAUGAAGAGCGACACCUUUGAGAACAUGUUUGGUGACUUCCUCAAGGGUCUCAUCAAGAGCUCUGCCGGAUGGCCCGGCUACAAGCACAUCAGCGGACAUCUCCAGCGCUUGAGUGACAAUUUCAGGAAUGUGUGUGUAGCGGCUUCAAAGCCCAAGGCCGGCGAUCGCUAUGUGGUGCUCAAUCACGGCGACAUGUGGACCAACAACUUCAUGUACGGCUACGACAACAAGGAUCAGCCAGAGGUGCCCACGCGUGCCAUCUUUGUCGACUUCCAGCUGUCCUUCUACGGCAGUCCCGGCUGCGAUCUGAACUUCUUCUUGAACACCAGCCUCAAGUUCGAGUUGGUGCAGGAGCGUCGCGAGGAGCUCAUCAAGGUGUACUACAAGGCCUUUCGGGAUGCCCUGGAGUACGCACGCUUCGAGCACAUUCCCACCUACGAGGAUCUGCUCUACGAGCUGCGUAGCCGCGAGACCUACGGUCUGUUUGCCCUGUUUGCCUUCCUCCCGAUGAUCACCAUGCCCAAGGAGUUGUCCUCGGACAACAGCAUCGACAACAUGCAGGAUGAGGCCUUCAUGCAAAAGAAACUGGAUGCCAUCUUUGCUCAAAAGGCUCUCAAUGACUACCAGAAAUGGGCCCUCAAGCGUUUCGAUACGCUCGGUGUCUUUGGGGACUACUAGACGGAGGAGUUUUCUUUCCAUUCGGGUUAGGCAUUCACUAAUUAUUGUGAUAAAAGAUAUACACGGAUAUGAUGGCACCGAGCACCACAUCUGUACAACAGAGCAGCCUGCAUAUUGUAGAUUUUGAGUAGAAGUAUCUACAAGUCUCUAUACUGUAGAAGUGGAUUUCAAUAAACGAAUCCAAUGAAAUUGGAUUCUGUAAUGGAA